UAUAAUACAACAUUUUAAUGAUAUUUAAGCCAUAUUACAAUCUCAUUCUCUCUAGUUAAGAUGAAGUUUAUUAUGUUACUAUGCGUAAUUUUUGUGUUAUUGACUUAUUCAACAUUCAUAAAUAAAGCACACCAUACUGAAGAAGAGGACGAUGAAGACAUGGAUCACUCAAAAAACAAGGAAGAAGACAAAGAUGAAGACGAAAAUGAGCAUGAAGAUGAAACUGAAGAGAAAAACAGGAAUGAUGAUAAAACCAAAGAAAAGAAUGAAGAAGCACAUGAAAAUGUAGGGGAAAAGCAUAAAGUCAAGGGGAAAAAGAAAAAUAAGGAUAACAAUAAAAAGAAAAGUGAUAGUGAAGACGAGAAAGUCAAAGGAAAAAAGGAGGAUAAGGACAAAAAUAAAAUAAAAAGUGAAAAUGAAGAUGAGAAUGUGAAUGAUGAAAAUGUCGACUCAAAACAUGGAAUGAAAGCAAUAUAUAAAGUUCUAAAGAAAUCCUUUAAAAAUGGACGUAUGAAAAUGUACAAAACAUUCGAUACUUAUUUGAGAAAAGAUGAUUUAGACAAGAAAAUGCUUGAAGUCGCUAAAAUCCUUAGCAGACGUAUUGAAAAACGAGCGGAUUAUCUAGCACAGAAAUUGAAAGAAAUGUUAGCAUAUGAAACAUCAUAGCAACAUAAAGUUUCAUUGCCUUAUUAAGGGAGUACAUAUAUAUCUUUGCAUUCAACAAUCUGAAAGCAUUACAGGAUACAUAAAUAUUUUAUUGAUCUUACAAAUAUAUCAUCAUCAUUACUACUACUACUACUAAUGAUAAUAAUAAUUGUAAUUUAUAAACUGAUUGAUAGAUAUUCUUAUUUAACAG